CUCCGUCUGUCUUCUGUUUCCCAGAAGAUGUGUCACACCGGGAGAUGUCCUCUUUUCUCUCCAUUUGGAUUUUACUGGACUGAAAACUAAAAAAAGGGAGAAGAUGAUCUUCCUCAUCCUGCUGCUCUUCUUCCUCACCCCCUGUGUCUCUGGAACAUUUGUAGUGAAUGUGACUCAGACUUCCUAUCAGGCAGAGGAGAACCAGAACAUCACCCUGGAGUGGACCUUCAGCACCAGAAGAGAAACUUCCCUCAGAUCCAUUUCUACCUUCUGUCAGUUGUUUACUGAAGGCAGGUACUCAGUCCUGUUUCAUCUCCAUCAAGGUGUUGAAUCCCCAGAGUCUCAGGAUCCACAGUUUGCAGGACGAGUCCAGUGGGACAAAGACGUCCUCACAGAUGGACGACUCACACUUCAUGUCUCCAGACUCAGGACCAAUGACUCUGGGUUUUAUGUGUGUGACAUACUCGUCAGACCUGAUGGGAGUAACUCUAGGAGAUGCUGGCUCAACGUCACUGCUGCUGCUGAGCUCCAAACCCAGAGACCAACAGAGAGUCCUCAAGAAGAGAGACGGAGAAACAUCUGGAUCUACGUUGGAGUGACAGUGGCAGUUGCAGCAUUUCUAGUCUGUCUCUCAGUCACGGUCUAUGUCUUCAAAGUUCGGGGUACUAAAUCUCUUUAUUGGAGAAACAACAAUGAAGUUGAACAGAAGAUUAGUUCCUCAGAUAUUCAAGCCCCAGGGACCAUUGUGAUUGAGUCUGAAACCCCCUCUUCAAAUGAAUCUUCGGAGCAUUAUGCUAUAAAACAAGAAAAGUCCAAGGAUCUCAUCAGCUUGUGAUUUAACUAUCAGAAAACUACUUUUGAUGAUUUAUGUUACACAUGCUAUCAUCAAUAAUGAGUUUGAAGUGAAGCUGAGAGUAUCAUUGGUGCCUCACCUUUUGUACUUA